AUGCCAACUCUCGCUUUGACCAAUUUCAACAUCAUCUGUGCAACUCUUGGCGGAUUUGUAUCGGUCUUUGGCUUAGUUUCUUAUUUAUGCAAGGAGCGGUUAUAUCUCUCGGAAGCAUUGAUCUCAUUGCUAGCCGGGGUAGCAUUUUCCCCCCAUGCCGCCAACUUCAUCCGACCCGAGGACUAUGCAUUGCAUUCGGUAGAGAAUCUCGAAGCGAUUACUCUGCAAUUUACUCGUCUGGUCCUGGGCGUGCAGCUAGUUCUUGCCGGUGUCCAGCUUCCUAAACGCUACUUGCAGAUUGAAUGGCGGAGCUUGGCUCUCCUGCUCGGUCCCGGCAUGGCGGCCAUGUGGAUUUGUAGUAGCCUGAUCAUCUGGGCCAUGGUCCCUAAUUUCAAGUUCCUACAUGCUCUGAUUGUGGCCGCGUGUGUGACACCGACAGAUCCUGUUCUUUCCAAUUCCAUUGUCAAGGGAAAGUUUGCAGACAAGCAUGUUCCGCGCCCACUGCAGCGGAUCAUUGUCGCGGAAUCCGGAGCCAAUGAUGGUCUGGGUUACCCAUUUCUUUUCUUUGGAAUUUAUAUUCUCAAAUAUACCGGUAUGGGCGGCCAGGGGUAUAGUGGUGGAGCUGGUACGGCCAUGGGCCUGUGGUUCUAUGAGACCUGGGUGUACACUAUUGUUUUGAGCAUUGUGUAUGGGGCUACAGUUGGUUGGAUUUCGAGAAAGUUGCUCCACUGGGCCGAAGAGAAGCACUAUGUUGAUCGGGAGAGUUUCCUGGUUUUUGCUAUCGCUCUUGCACUCUUUGUGGUCGGAACCUGUGGGCUCAUUGGCACCGACGAUCUUCUGGCGUGCUUUAUUGCAGGGAAUGUGUUUACCCAGGAUGAUUGGUUCCGCCUUGAGACCAUCGAUGACUCUCUCCAGCCUACCAUUGACAUGCUUCUCAAUCUGUCCAUGUUCAUGUGGUUUGGCGCAGUUGCUCCCUGGGCCUCUUUUCUAAAAAACGACAUCAUCCCCAUCUAUCGGCUCAUAUUUUUGGGGAUUUUGAUUCUCCUAUUUCGACGGAUGCCUAUCGUUUUUGCAGUGCACAAGUACAUCCAUCAAAUUGAAGAUCUUUCCCAUGCCGCCUUUGUGGGAUUCUUCGGCCCAAUUGGCGUAGGAGCCAUCUUCUACUUAUCGAUCUGCCGAGAAUUUCUUUUGGAAAUCACAGUUGAUGGCCAAGUGCGAGAAGAUGCACAACAGGUAGCAGAUACUGCCACAAUUGUGGUGUGGUUCCUUGCCAUUUGCAGCAUUAUCGUGCAUGGGCUAUCCGUUCCUGUUGGCAAGGCCGGCUACCAUCUUCCACGAACCAUUUCAUUCGCCAUCACCUCGAGCACCGCAGAAAACGAGCAUGUGCCUAUUGAAAUAACUCGGGGCAGUCACAGCACUGCUAUGCCUAUAGAAAAUGACUCUUCGAGCUUUCGAAGCCGUAGACGUCGGCAAUACUCCUCGCCAACCCCGCCGUUAUUCCGUCUCGGUCGCUCGAAAGUUCCUUCUCCGUCGCCUGGCCCAACACAGCCUGGCGUCGGACAAACUGAUGAGCCAGAAAGACCUGUCAAUCUGGUUAUUCACGAAACUAUUCCAAGUGCGAGUGGAACACGCAAGGGUUCAUCCACUUCUGCAUAG